AUGAGGGCUGCAUCACAUCUUCUCAGCCUCGUCGUCUCAGCGGUGGCAAUCAUUCUUGCCCUGUCCACCUCAUCAGUGCAGGCUGCUCCGGACACGACGUGCACAAAUACCGUCUACUUUGACAUUGCUCACGGCUCCAAGGAUGUAGGACGAAUCACCAUGUGCAUGUACGGCAAGGUCGUCCCCAAGACCGUCGAGAACUUUGUGCAGCUGGCCACCGGCAAGCCUGGCUUUGGCUACGAGGGAUCCAUCUUCCACCGCGUCAUCAACAACUUCAUGAUUCAGGGUGGUGACUUCACGGAUGGCAACGGCCGCGGAGGCAAGUCAAUCUACGGAAGCCGUUUCGCGGAUGAGAACUUCGACCUCAAACACGAGGGGCCAGGUGUCCUGUCGAUGGCCAACGCAGGCCGUGACACCAAUGGCUCGCAAUUCUUCAUCUGCACUGUCAAGACUGGAUGGCUUGAUGGCAAGCACGUCGUCUUCGGCCGCGUCCUCUCUGGAAUGGACGUCGUCAAGUACAUCGAGAGCGUCCCCAAGAGUUUCGGAGACAAGCCUUCGGAAGACGUCAAGAUCAAGAAGAGCGGCGAGCUGACUGCCGCCGAAGCUGCAGCGGUGCGUGGCGGUCACGAGGAGCUCUGA